CUCGUUUCAAGUUUGCCAACUCAGUUGAUUUAUGAGACUGGUAGUGAUCAGUUCGCAGAUUGUUUCUACUCUGUUCCCGCAGUAUCGUCAAUUAGAAUAAAAAUGAUGCAGAAUUUACUGAAAAGUACUUUGCGGUCGGCUGCCGCCUGUCGGAAGAACUUUAUCCAACCAGCGGCGAAAUAUUCAUCAAGCUCAUUUGGCACUGCUCAAGGACCAACGUCUCCAUUAACUUUCCUCACGGAAGAUGAAUUAAUGAUGAAGGAAACGGUAUCCAAACUAGCACAAGAGCAAAUUGCGCCUCUAGUGAGAAAAAUGGACGAAGAGCACAAAUUCGACCCUAGCGUGAUAAAAGCUAUUUUUGAUAACGGUCUGAUGGGUGUGGAAGUCGGCGAAGAGUAUGGAGGAAGCGGGUGCAACUUUUUGACCAUGAUGCUGGUCGUCGAAGAACUGGCCAAGGUUGAUCCCGCAGUUUCCGCGUUGGUAGAUAUACAUAACACCCUGGUCAAUUCAUUAAUGAUCAAGCUUGGAACUGAAGAACAGAAGAAGAAGUAUCUACCUAAGUUGUGUCAGGAAUAUAGUGGAAGCUUUGCACUUUCGGAACCAUCUGCUGGCUCAGAUGCUUUUUCACUUAAAACCACAGCCAAAAAGGAUGGAAAUCAUUAUAUUCUAAAUGGAACCAAGAUGUGGAUCUCUAAUUCUGAUAUGUCUGGAAUGUUCCUUAUUAUGGCUAAUGCUAAUCCGUCCGCUGGCUAUCGUGGCAUAACAACUUUCAUCGUGGACCGUGAUACAGAAGGCUUUACGGUUGGAAAAAAAGAGAGUAAGCUUGGAAUUUGUGCUUCUGGAACAUGCCAGUUGCACUUGGAUAACGUUCGUGUUCCUGAGGAAAAUAUUCUUGGUGAACUUGGCAAGGGUUAUCAGUAUGCUGCAGGAUUCCUUAACGAAGGCCGCAUUGGUAUCGGUGCGCAGAUGCUUGGAUGUGCUCAGGGCUGUUUCGAUGCUACUGUUCCUUAUUUGCUGGAACGCAAACAGUUUGGUUCGGAUAUCUAUUCUUUCCAGAGUAUGCAGCAUCAAGUAGCUACGAUCGCAAUGGAAUUAGAAGCCGCUCGUUUGCUGGUGUACAAUGCUGCCCGUUUGCAAGAAGCAAAAGUGCCCUUCUUAAAGCAAGCUGCUAUGGCUAAAACCUAUGCUUCUGAAGUGGCUCAGCGAACCACCGUCAAGUGCAUCGAUUGGAUGGGUGGCGUCGGUUUCACCAAAGACUUCCCACAGGAGAAAUUCUAUCGCGAUUGUAAGAUUGGUGCGAUCUACGAGGGAACUACCAACAUGCAGUUGAGCACGAUCGCUAAAGUGCUCAAAAAGGAAUACGAAUCAUAAGAGUCGCAUGCAAAUUUCCAGCAGAAAGUAUUCCUGUUCUGAAUCCAAGUCUUCCAAAAUAUUAUGUAAUAUGCAACACGACAACAAAGAGUGUGGCUUCCUCUAAAUUGAAGAAAACUCAUACUCUCUCGAGAUAUUCAUAUACGGACAUGCAUACGAUAAGCUAACUAAUACAAAGUGUGUCUGUGGUAAAACUGUUGCGCUUUUAUAUUGUAUCCAUUUGCGUCCCAAACUGAAUGAAUGAUAACAGUGUGCUAUUAAAAACGCAAUAAUGUCUCUCUUCAGAAAUAAAAACGGUACCAAGAAAAUUUAUUGUCGAAGCACAUUUUACGUGCCAAGUGUAUUAAUUUUAAGAGUACAUUAUCAUGAUAUCGCUAAUAAAUUAGACAAAAGCACAUCA